AUGGAAGCGCUCGCCAUAACACACAAACUCGACUACGUGGAUAUUUAUAGUAACAGCUGGGGCCCGGUGGACGAUGGAGAAAAUAUCUCGCCACUUUCGGAUGUCUUAGAAGAGGCGUUAAAAACUGGUGUCACUGAUGGUCGGUCAGGCAAGGGUGCCAUUUAUGUUUGGGCUUCCGGAAAUGGCGGGGAGGACGAAGACGAUUGCAACGCAGACGGUUACGCGAGCAGUAUUUAUACGAUCGGUAUUAACGCAGUCUCUCAGACCGGGGCGCCCACGUACUACGCCGAGUGGUGUACUUCCGCCAAGGCCGGAACGUACAGCGGAGACGAUCCUAACCCGGACAUAUAUACGACGGGACCCAACGACGACUGCGUGAGCGAUUUUUCCGGGACUUCUGCCGCCUGCCCUCUGGCUGCCGGGAUAUUUGCGUUGACGCUCGAGGCAAAUCCGGACCUAACAUGGCGAGAUAUGCAUCACUUGAUUGUAGAAACGGCCAAUAAUACCGGGUUACACUCGAACGCUUCCGUCUACACUAACGCUGCUGGGAAAGAAGUGAGUUAUUAUUUUGGUUUCGGUCUGCUGGAUGCGGAAGCUAUGGUGGACGCGGCGCCCUCCUGGCUGACUGUGCCUGACGUUCUCUCCUGUUACGAGUUUUCCACUAAUACAGGGUCUGACACGGAAGCUAUUACAGACACGCUCUCGAUGACGGCGUGCCAGGUGGCCUACAUUGAACACGUGACCGUGAAGAUUCGCUACACACCGGAAUGGCGCGGGAAAGUACAAUUGGGACUUUACUCUCCGGGAGGGACGGAGGUGACUUUAUUCAGCGCGCGGUACUGGGACUAUGCGGAGGAAGAGACGAACCAUCAGUUUAUGACCGUUCACCUGUGGGAGGAAGAUCCGGUAGGGGACUGGACUUUAGCCCUUAACGCCACAUAUAACGCUGGUUGGAACAUGAAGCUGUAUUCCGGGCAGCUGACUGUGUACGGCACCGUCACAGACCCGACCGCAGGAGCACCAAGUGACGGACGGAUAAACGGCUACUGUGACGACAGCACCCCGUGCCGCUCCUUUUCCGGUGACCUAGAAUGUGUGGACGGCAGGUGUGGGGAGACAUCAGGUAUUUACGUUCGAUUUAUAUGA